CUCCUCCUUCUCCUCCUCCACAGAGCAACUGUAUAUAAAGAACUGGUUAUCAAUUUUCUCGUCACAAUCAGUUUGACCUUUUACGAUGAAGCACUACAAGGCACCGCUCGUUCUUGCAUUGCUGGGAUUGGCUGCAGCAAACGUCGUGUCCAGGGAUGACAGGGCAAAGGAGACCCACAUCACCCUGGCGCUGGACUGGGCCAUGAACUGGGGCUCGUGGGGGCAGCAGGAGUUUUGUCCUGAGGGAACCUUCGCCUACGCCUUCGAAAUCAAGGUAGAACCCGACGUUUGGACUGAUGACACCUCCAUGAAUGGCAUCCAGCUCUAUUGCCGUCUACCAAAGGACGUGGGGCAUGACGGACUCCCGCCGAGGCAAGGCGCCAAGGAAUUCUCCAUCACAUCUAACGUGGCACGAUGGGGCACUUGGAGAGGCAAGAGGACAUGCACUGAGGGUCUACUGACGGGCCUCAAGAUGAAGAGCGAGGAGGACCAGGGAUUCUUCAUUGACGACACUGCAGCGAACGACCUUGAAAUGCAGUGCAACCACUCCACCAAGACCCUGAACGGAGGAGGCAACCAAUGGGGAUACUACAGCAGCUGGUCCACGUGUCCCCAAGGCUGGGCUAUCUGCGGCCUGAUGACCCGUGUGGAGGCCGAGAGUGCCUAUGACGAUUCGGCACUCAACGAUGUCAGAAUGUACUGCUGCCAGGUCUGAUUGGAGCGUCUGGUGUGAUCCCUCCCUGCCCCUUCCCAUCCCGUCCAACACAGAAACAAAAGCAGAAAACACCGCCAUGAUGGAAACUCAUUGGUUCGUUGUUCCAUGGAGUUAAUAUACCCUUGAGUCACUUGUCUUCCUUGGGUCACUGGUAGCAUCGUAGUCCAGAGAAUAAAACUGUUUACAAUCCUUAA